AUGGACCAGAAUGUGUUUCCAUUUGAUACUGAUUUCGGGUUUGAUUCUGAUGUUCUUAGUGAAGAUUCCUUCUCCUUCCCUGAAGUCGAUUUCGGCUUCGCUUUCAACAACAAAAACUUCUCGGAUCGGGUGCUUAGGAUCGAGAUCAUGGGCUCUAACCCUGACGCUGAAGGGUCUCGUCGUCGUAAGAGGAGAAGAGAGGAUAAUAAUAUCAAGAAGGAAUCUGUUACCAUUAUGGCGGGUGCUGAGGAGCAUAUUUUGACAAGUGAGCAACAGGAAUUGUAUGAAGGUGAGGCUAUGGUUGACGAGGCUUUAUCAGGUGAUGAGAACGAAGCAACUAGCAAGCCAUACUGGGGGUUUGAGUCUUUGGACAAUUUUAGAGCUAAUAGGGUUAGAGAAGUUCAUGUUAGUUCUCCUCUCUUAGCUGCCAAAAGCCCUUUCUUUUACAAGUUGUUCUCUAAUGGAAUGAAGGAAUCUGAGGAAAAGCGUGUCACUCUUCUAAUCCAUGCAUCAGAGGAAGCUGCUUUGAUGGAGCUUUUAAACUUUAUCUAUACCAAUCCAGUGACUUUCAGCACAGCACCUGCAUGGUUAGAUCUGCUAAUGGCUGCUGAUAAGUUUGAAGUCACCUCUUGCAUGAGUUACUGCAUUAAAGUUCUCCAAAGCAUGCCUAUGACUACCGAGUCUGCCCUGCUCUACCUAGAACUUCCCUCUACUAUUCUUAUGGCUGAAUCUGUUCAGCCUUUAGCCGAUGCUGCAAAACAGUUCCUUACUGCUCGCUACAAAGAUAUUACCAAGUUUCCAGUGGAGUUUAUGUCUCUACCAUUAGCAGGAGUGGAAGCAAUUUUAUCAAGCGACGAUCUCCAAGUUUCAUCAGAGGAUACAGUUUAUGAUCUGAUCUUGAAAUGGGCAAGAGAGCAUUACCCUUCAUUGGAGGAGCGUAGAGAGGUUCUUGGUUCACACCUCGCACACUUCAUACGCUUCCCGUUCAUGUCAUGCCGUAAGCUCAAGAAGGUACUCACAUGCAGUGACUUUGACCAUGAGAUAGCAUCAAAGCUCGUUGUGGAAGCGCUUUUCUUUAAGGCUGAAGCUUCACACAAGAAACGUACAUUAGCUGCUCAAGAAUCAGCCUCAGAGCACCGUCGCCUCAUAGAGAGGGCUUACAAGCACAGACCGGUGAAAGUAGUUGAGUUUGAGCUUCCUCUACCUCAAUGUGUGGUCUACUUAGACCUGAAAAGAGAAGAAUGUGUAGGACUGUUCCCUUCAGGGAGAGUCUAUUCUCAGGCCUUUUACUUAGGUGGUCAAGGGUUCUUCCUCUCGGCGCAUUGCAACUUGGACCAGCAGAGCUCGGUCUAUUGUUUUGGACUGUUCCUUGGGAUGCAGGUGAAAGGGUCGGUGAGUUAUGAAGUGGACUAUGAGUUCUUGGCGAGGUCAAAGCCAUCUGAGGAGUUCAUAAGCCAGUGGAAAGGGAACUAUACGUUCACUGGAGGGAAAGCAGUUGGGUAUAGGAACUUGUUUGGGAUUCCAUGGACGUCUUUUGUUGGAGAAGAUAGUCUUCACUUCAUCAAUGGUGUUCUUCAUCUCAAAGCUGAGCUUACCAUCAGGUCUAUUGAUCUUCUUCAGUGA